CUUAAUUAUUUAAAAAUAAAAAUAGCUAUAAAUUAUACAUAUAUUAGUACAUGUUGUACGUUUAAAUAGUUCCUUGAAGGAGAAAAAUGUGGAGUAAAAAAACGAUGUACGAUAAAUUCGUUAACGUGUGAUCAUUGUUCAUCUUUUGGGGAAAAAUUAAAGUCAAAAACAGAUGGAAAUUUAGAUGAAAAAUCAGGCGAUUGGAAAUAUGAUGAAAAAUUUCUAAAAGAUUCUAUAGAAAAUAUGCAAGAACCUACUGAAUGGAAAUGGAAAAAUCCUUAUAGUAUUUCCGAUUUUGAUAGAUCGAAGUAUUAUCGACACAACUUUACAGAAAAUGAUUUUACUACGAAUUUAUUACGUGAUUUGUGUGACAAAGAUAGUCGUUUCAAAAUUUCUUCAAAAAAUAACAACAAAAAUAUUUUGUACAAUUUCCGUGAAUAUUUGGUUAAUUAUCAAGCAUCUUGUGGUAUUCCACGAACAGAAUAUUCUUUUCUGGCUCUUAUUAAUAUGAUGGGUCAAGCAACAGGUCGAUCUCUUCUUGCAUUAUUAUACGUCAUGUUGAACAUUAUACCUGUUAUGGAGGUAUUCCUAUAUUUAUUGCGAUUUGUUCUGGACAAAGUUAUUAGCAUAAACAAUUGUAAGGAUUUUCGGCAAAUGAUGACUCAAUGUGCAAUAUUUAUAACAGAAUUAUUCAGUGUUUACAUAUGUCUAUUAUUUAUAUUCGGUUUUAUUAUCUUACCGAUUGUACACAUAGUAUUUGAUAUAGUAGCAAAGAUUAUGUUUUAUUAUUAAUAAUAUUUACGUAUAAUUGAAUGAUACUAAAAACUAUAAUUAUUGAGAAUUGUUUAUACAUGUAUAAUUAAAAAAUUUUCAUUAUAUUAUCUUUAGAUCAAUUUUAGUUUCAUUUUCUAACUUAUUGUUACCAAAAUCUUGUAAAGAACAUCAUAUAUAUGUAUCCUUUGAAAUUUUUAUAUUCAUAUAUAAUUUUCUUUUA